UACAGGUGAUGGGUCCAUACUUACGACAUAUGCCUAUACUGCUAUCUGGCAGUUGCCCUCCAGCGGAAAUGGCCGUCAAUGACAAGUCCUUUGUAAACUGGAAUCAGGUAGAGAAUUCAGGACCACACCGCACGAUCUGAUGGACAGACAACACCAUUGAAAUUCACAAGAGUACUUGUCCCUGUACCACCUCUGGGUAGUUAAGAAAACCAUAUGGGUUUGUUGGGCAUACAGGGUGGCAGGUAGUCUAGCGGUUAGAGAGGCGAGCAAGCAACUGGAAACAUUUGAUAGCUUUAUAAAUGAUGUGUGUCUUUUUGGAGUGGUUAGGUUAAAAGUCAAAUUUCAGUUGCAUAAUUUACCGAUAAAAUCAUGUUAAUUUUAAUAAUUGCGAUGAGUGUUGGCGGAGUGUACCAUCGAGUCACUCAGUCGAUACUUGAAAAAUGUCCAUUCGUUAAUGCUUACCUUGAACCUAUGUUUGUCCUGUUAACUGUGUUUUUUUGGGGGGGGGUGCUGCAAUCAGUAGUUUUAGUUAGACACUUCAUUUGUUCUGUGCCGCAAUCCGUAGUGUUUGUUAAAAAUGUAAUUCUACACACGGUUGUUUAGCUAUCGGGAAACGGCGUCCAGAGUUUGGUCCCACAGGCACUGCGUUUUUCUUCACAGAGAGGAGAUCCACUGGAGUUGGUGGGACUAGAGGGGAGCGAGAAUGGGCGGGGUAAUCUCACCGGCGCCACUUUAAAAAAAAAAUCAGCCGCACAGACCUGUCAAUCAACAAGCAACCCAGACAGACAUCAGCCCCCGGUGGCUGGCUGUUAGCUGUAAGAGAGCAGCGUCAUAGUUGGCGGAGAGCCCCACCGUCUGGAAUGAAACGGGCGCAGCGAUUGGCUCCAAUUUUUGCCCGAGACAACUCACGCGUACGAUGUUCUCUCUCUCCCCCUUUUGUUAUUGCAAGCAAACUAGAGAAGAGCCGAGGGAGCAGCAGGAUGAACGAAGGGAGCGAGAGAGCGUGAUAGACUGACAAUAGUCCAGACAGACAGCUCAACAGAGAGAGGGGUAAAGGGGGAAAUACAUUUGGAAUACUGCUUCAGAGCUCCCUCUACAUAUUUGUCCAGUUCUCCUGUUGAUUGUGGACUCUCACCUCCUCCUCUGCAACCCCCCUCAACCCAGGGAGAUGUCAGUGAACCCCCCCAACAGUAACGAUGCCUGCCUGAGCAUCGUGCACAGCCUCAUGUGCCACCGACAGGGCGGUGAGAACGAGGGCUUUGCCAAGCGUGCCAUAGAGAGCCUGGUAAAGAAGCUGAAGGAGAAGAAGGAUGAGCUGGACUCGCUCAUCACCGCCAUCACCACUAACGGAGUUCACCCCAGCAAGUGUGUCACCAUCCAGAGGACGCUUGAUGGACGCCUGCAGGUAGCUGGGAGGAAAGGGUUCCCCCAUGUGAUCUACGCUAGGCUCUGGCGCUGGCCAGACCUCCACAAGAAUGAACUGAAGCACGUCAAGUUCUGCCAGUUCGCCUUUGACCUCAAGUAUGACAACGUGUGUGUCAACCCCUACCACUACGAGAGAGUGGUAUCGCCAGGCAUUGGUGGUCUCAGCAUUCAAAAUGCAGGUCCUCCAGGUCGGCUGAUCAAAGAGGAGUACAUCCAUGACUGUUUUGAGAUGGACCUCCCCUCCAGGAUGCCCCCCCAGCCCGAGCACUACAACCAGCCCCUCCCCCCUCUGCAGAUGCCACCUGAGCUGCCCCGCGCCCCAUCCUCCGUCAACCUCUACCCCAGCAUGCCCCUCUCUCCGCCAGUGAGCAGCUCCAUGAUGGGGCCCAUGUCUGGGGGCCACGGCGAGGGCCUGCUCCAGAUCGCCUCUCCCCAGAUCCAGGGCAUGCCCCAGACGCCGCCCCCCACCACCCCCACACACGGACCACCCUCCCAGCCCCCUACCCCUCACAGCCAGAGUGACUACAGCAGCAGCUCCAAACACACACAGACACAGAGCUCCUAUCACACGACCUGGACAGGCACCAGCACGGCCUCCUAUACCCCUGUAGGACCCCAGCAGAAUGGGCGUGGCCACCAGCAACCACCACUGCACCACCCCAACCACUUCUGGUCUCAGCAACAUCACAGCGCACCCGCCUUUCCUCAGCCAGUCUCCAACCAUCCAGGUCCAGAGUUCUGGUGCUCCAUUUCCUACUUUGAGAUGGACAUCCAGGUUGGGGAGAUGUUCAAGGUCCUGGCUAACUGCCCCGUGGUGACAGUGGAUGGAUACGUGGACCCCUCGGGGGGCGACCGCUUCUGUCUGGGCCAGCUCAGCAACGUGCACCGCACCGACGCCAGCGAGAGAGCCAGGUUGCACAUUGGGAAGGGUGUGCAGUUAGAGUGUCGUGGUGAGGGGGAUGUGUGGAUGCGUUGCCUUAGCGACCAUGCAGUGUUCGUACAGAGCUACUACCUGGACCGGGAGGCGGGGCGAGCCCCGGGAGACGCAGUUCACAAGAUCUACCCUGGGGCCUACAUGAAGGUGUUUGACCUGCGUCAGUGCCACAGGCAGAUGCAGCAGCAGGCAGCCACGGCCCAGGCUGCAGCAGCAGCACAGGCUGCAGCAGUGGCAGGCAACAUCCCAGGGCCUGGCAGUGUGGGGGGAAUCGCCCCUGCAGUCAGUCUGUCGGCGGCAGCUGGCAUAGGUGUGGACGACCUGCGGCGGCUGUGUAUCCUGCGGCUCAGCUUUGUGAAGGGCUGGGGGCCCGACUACCCCCGGCAGAGCAUCAAGCACACCCCCUGCUGGGUGGAGGUCCACCUGCACCGUGCCCUGCAGCUGCUGGAUGAGGUGCUGCACACCAUGCCUCUGGCUGACCUAGGAGGACACGGACAUGUCAACUAAGCAGUGUGGGUGUAUGUGAGAGAGAGGUGGCGGUGUCUCAGUUGCUUGGUUUGGAUGAUAACCUUCAUGAACACUACAGUACGUUUUGGAUUGGAUAUCUUUUUCCUCAGCACCUGAAACAAAGAUUGUAGACUUUAAUAGAAACUUCUAUCGAAAAGGUAUUUUAAUGCUUUUAUAUAUUUUCUUGUUUGAAUCGCCUGAUUUUCCUGAAGCAGUUUAGACUCCAAAAUGUACUUGCUCAACAGCCAAUCUUUUCACAGCGACUGGAACUUGCACUAAAGGCAUCAAUGCUUUUUAGUAGUGGUAGAGACUGUAAGGGAUGGACUGUGUCACAACAAUGGAAACUGGCCUCGCACCGCCAAUGACCUGGUAACCUGCCUGGAUAAAACACUUUGGGAAUUGUUCAGAAAGUCAGAAUGAUAGCACAUGUGCUGCAGUGGAUUCUCACUUAAGCAGUGUUAGAAUGAUGCCUUGAUUACAGGGCAGCAGACUCAGACAGGUAUAUUGCAUCUGGAGAAUGCUGCUGUCCUUUAACUGCCUUCAGUAGGGUCUGUUUGUUCUUCAGGGAGAAAUUGAAAUAAUAGUCACCACAAUCUCCAUCAACCUUUUCUCUUAUCAGUAUUUUUCAUUAACCUGCAUCAUGUGACUCAGUUAUAUUUAUACUGAACAAAAAUAUAAAACGCAACAUGUAAAGUGUUGGUCCCGUGUUUCAUGAAAUCCCAGAAAUGUUCUAUACGCACAAAAAGCUUAUUUUUCUCAAAUUUUGUGCACAAAUUUGUUUACAUUCAUGUUGGUGGGCAUUUUAGCCUUUGUCAAGAUAAUCCAUCCACCUAAGAAGUGUGUCAUAUCAAGAAGCUGAGGACAGCAUGAUCAUUACACAGGUGCACCUUGUGCUGAGGACAAUUAAAGGAUACUCUGAAAUGUGCAGUUGUCAGACAACACAAUGCCACAGAUGUCUCAAGUUUUGAGGGAGUGUGCAAUUGUCAUGAUAACUGCAGGAAUGUCCACCAGAGCUGUUGCCAGAGAAUUCAAUUCUCUGCCAUAAGCAACCUCCAAUGUCGUUUUCGAGAAUUUGGCAGUACGUCCAACCAGCCUCACAACCGCAGUUCGCAUGUAACCAUGCCAGCCCAGGACCUCCACAUCCGGCUUCUUCACCUGCGGGAUAUUCUGGGAGUGGGGUAUUUCUGUCUGUAAUAAAGCCCUUCUUGUGGGAAAAACAAAUUCUGAUUGUCUGGGUCUGGCUUCCCAUUGGUUGAGCCUGGCUCCUAAGUGGGUGGGCCUAUGUGCUCCUAGGCCCACCCAUGGCUGCUCCCCUGCCCAGUCAUGUGAAAUCCAUAGAUUAGGGCCUAAUGAAUUUAUUUCAAUUGACUGAUUUCCUUAUAUGAACUGUGGCUCAGAAAAAUCUUUGAAAUUGUUGCAUGUUGCGUUUAUAUUUGUGUUCAGUAUAGCUACCAAAAACAAGAAAUGGAAUAUCAAGAAUCUCAUUGAUUAUAUUUAUUGAUGGAAGGUUCUACACAGGAUUUGUAACGUUUUGUUCGUUCAGAUAAAUAGACCAAAGUUGUCAGGAAGUGAAAGAUUUUUCACUGCUAAUUUAUGGCCAUAAAACCUUUGCUGAAUGUGCCUAUCUUAA